AACUCAGUCCACACGCUCUGAAGGACGCUGAGAGGAGGAGAAGUGUCUUCACCCGGGCCAGAGAGUCUUUCUCACCCCGCACUGCUGAAGACUCCUCACUUCUUCAGUGUGUCUCAGACAGAAAUGUGUCAUUCGUGAAUGAAGGACUGUUUUUUUUCCCUUUCGGAGAGCUCCGGUGUCUGACGGAGGGCGGGAAGACUGGCGGUGUUUUGGUGGAGUGAAGUCUUUCUUUCCCAGACAAACGGGCAAAGUAGUCUUUUCAGAAACACGAGCGCGUCAGCCUGGAACAUUUCGAACCUGUUUUUGAGGAGGAGUUCCGUCAAGUGGAUACGUUUCAGGGUUUCCCCUCUGUCUUCAUCAAGUGAGCCGCCGCUGUGGGUCUUAGUUAUGGCGUUUAAUUCUCUAUCGGGACUCCCCUCAGAGACCCACUGACUGAAAAGGGGGAGGAAGUCGACUUGAGUUCUUGACUUCAGCGUCAGAAACUUCACGCGUUUUCUUCUGAAUGAUGCCCAUAGACAGACUCGUAGACAUGGAGGAGAAACUACGGAUUUUAGAGGACUUGAACAUGAUGUACAUCCGCCAGAUUGCCCUAAGCUUACAGGACAGUGACAUUCAAAAGAAGAUUGACUAUGAGAUCCGAAUGCGUGAGGGCGCCUGCAAGCUCCUGGCUGCUUGCUCUCAGAGAGACCAGGCUCUGGAGGCCUCAAAGAGCCUACUCACGUGCAACUCCCGCAUCAUGGCCUACAUGUCCGAGCUCCAACGCAUGAAAGAAGCACAGGUCAUGCAGCGGGUGGCACGCAGGUCCUCAGAUGCAGGCCCAAUGGAUGAUCGAUCUCCAUGUAAAGGCAAAGUUGCAAUUUCAGACCUUCGAAUCCCUCUGAUGUGGAAAGACACAGAAUACUUCAAAAACAAAGGAGAGCUGCACCGCUGUGCUGUGUUCUGUCUGCUGCAGUUAGGAGGGGAGAUUUUUGACACCGACAUGGUGAUGGUAGACAGAACCCUCACAGACAUCUGCUUCGACAACACUAUAGUCUUUAAUGAAGCGAGCCCGGGCUUUGAGCUGAGGUUGGAGCUAUAUAGCUGCUGUUCAGAGGAUGAUUACUCAGCGGGCAGCACACCUCGCAAACUGGCCAGCAAGCUGAGCUCCUCGUUGGGCCGCUCGUCGGGGAAGAAGCUGCGGGCGGCUCUUGAGCCCGGAGCCUGCAGCCCUGUCAGCAAUGGAGGAGCCGCACCACUGCUGCUGCCUGUACCACCGGUGCCAGGGCCGAAGUAUCAUCUCUUGGCACACACCACCCUCACACUCUCUCAUGUCCAGGACAGCUUCCGCACACACGACCUCACUAUUACUGGCAAUGAGGAGUGUUCAUACUGGUUGCCACUGUAUGGCAGCGCAUGUUGUCGUCUAGCAGCUCAGCCUCACUGUAUGACGCAACAGAUGAUGAGUGGCUGCCUCAGGGUCAAGCUCGGUGGGGACCCUCAAGGAUGGACGAAUGUUUAUGCCAUCCUAAAAGGAACAAACCUCUUCUGUUACCGCCGACAAGAAGACAUUGAGGCCAACGUGGAGCCCUUAUUAACUAUCGGCAUCAACAAAGAGACGAGGAUACGUGCAGCAGAGAGAGAUCCUCACAGCAAAGCUCAGAGCAUCUGCAUCAGUAACCAGUAUGGAGGGGAAGAGGUCACACACACGUUAGCCACAGACUGUCGGGAGGACACACAGCGCUGGAUGGAAGCAUUCUGGCAGCAGUUCUUUGACAUGAGUCAAUGGAAGCAGUGCUGUGACGAGCUAAUGAAGAUUGACCAGCCAUCACCACGCAAACCUGCCCUAAUUACAGCCAAACAGGGCUCUCUCUACCAUGAGAUGGUUAUUGACACUUCUGAUGACAUAGGCACAGUCACUGACAUCCUGGCGAGGCGUAUUGAAGAGCUUGAGCUUCGAGCUCAGCUGGACGCCCCACCUCACUGGAUGUCGCUUUUUGAGGCGGAGGCCCCUGGAAGCCCUCAAAACCACAGGAAUCAUCAUCAUCGUACUGCACGCCACUCCCCUCACACUCCCAGCCCCCGCCUGCACAGCCGCCAACCCCGCAGUCCCUCUGGUCUGCUCUCCUCUGAUGCCAGCCUGACCUCAGACAGUGAUAGUCCCUGCAGCACCAGCCCUCGCUCACAUCAUGCUUGGCCCCGCGACCUUCCCCCGACCUCCGGCCGCUUCCGUCCCCGCACCCUUUCUCUGGACGCCAAGCUGUCCACCCUAAAGGCUCAGCGGGGCUAUGGGGGCUUCCAGUGCUCCUGUCAGUCUCCUUCCGCAGGCUCUGUUGCUCCUCGGCCUAGUCAAACGGCUCUUUCCUGCUCCAGCUCUACAUCCAGCAACAGCUCCAGCGAGGGCAGCAACAGCCCUGAGACGGAUCUGGCCUUUUCUCGGCCGUCUGGUGCCCGCCGCAGCCUGAGGAACCUCAGAGCAAAGCUGGACCCCAGAAACUGGCUACAGAGUCAGGUGUAACUUCUUUUGAUUUUCUCAAGAGGAGUCUAAACUUUAAAAGUCGGUCUUCAUGUUUAAUUUGGGCCAUCUCAAUCAUCACACAACCUCUGGGAAGAACUGGAAUGACUCCAGUUGAGGACAUGUGACUGCCCUCGAAUUUGAAGAUGUGACAAACGCAAGCGUUCAUGGGAGAUUUCCUUCUCAACUAGGUCACUACCAUGGUAGAUGAACUGUUAUUUAUACACAACUCACUUAUAUUACAUGCAAUCAUACAUACCUACAUUCUGGACCUCAUACAACCUGCAAUUCUGGACCUCAAAAUGGAAAGUGCAGUGUUUCUACUAGAAUAGACAUUGUAAAUCUGAGUUUUCCUACUGUGUCUUCCAAACUGGGUGAAAGAUCUAACCGGCGCAGUAGUUUUCAGUAAUCUUCUCAGCGUGGCCAAUUUCACACCUCACACACACGUCUCACAACCUGACAUCUUGUGAAGCUCUCAACGUUGAUGUCACUGGUAUGCCUUCACACAUAAGCUGCUUUAUAAAUAGAAGCUGUGUUUGGAAAAAAAAACAGGAUUUAGUGGAGUUCACUUAACAUAUAAUUAUUAACUUAGUAGCUAAAUCUAACGUUAAUCAUAAGCUUUACUUAAUGAUACAACAGUGAAAUCUAAAUGUACCCACACAGUGGAAUCUCCAUAAGGAGCUAUCAGUUACAGACUACUGUUUUAUGAGGUUUCUCAUCACUCAUAAUAAAAAAAAAAAAAACACUUUGGGGCCUCAAAACAAAGCAGGUGAUUUGUCAGUCUGUUAAUGUUGUGAAAUGGUCAUUGCGUAACUAAAGUAUAUAUAUAUGCAAAAGUAUUAGUGAUUCUCAAAAAGCUUUGUAAGUUGCUCAGAUAAUACAUUAUUAAAAUGUGAUUCCAUGUACUACUUGUAACUGUGAUGACCUCAGAGUGAGUACUUUUUCCUCGUUUUGUACUCCUACCGGCUGCACACGGACAAGUUUCUCCUGAACAUUUACAGUCGUGAAUGAGUUUGAACACCCCCAGACAAAUGUAUACUGCAAAUUUAAUGCAUAAUUUAUGUUUAUUUGCUGACUAAGAUAAUCAAAAAAUUAAAAAUAAAAUGUGCUAUAAUCUUUUUACAGGCCACAUUUAAUGUUUUACGUUUUCCCAAAUUUUUUACGUUUUCCCAAUGUUUUAAAUUCAGCAAACAAACAGUAAUUGCGUGUUAAAAUGUGCAGGUGUGUUCUCUGUAGAGGCUGUGUAACUUACACUUCAAUUUUCAAAAUCAGCAGAGCAUAAUUUGACUAGGAGUGCCCAAACUUUUGCAUACAACUGUAUCAGUUUGUUUUUGUUUUUUUUUUAAUAGCUAUGGUCCAGGAUGGUUUUCUUCCUUUAGUCAUAGUUCUUCUUCCAGGUAGGCUGAUUUUACACUGACAGUGAGUUUCUCAAAAUGUUUUUGUCAUGCUAAAUACAUUGUAAACAAAAAUGUUUGAUUACUAUGCAAACCUAACACAAAUGUAAGUUAUGGUUCUGAUUUGCUUUUGCGUUGUUGGUACAUGCAUACUACCUUUACUGCCCCUGCCCUUGUAUUUCAUUGGCCUAUGAGCCAGUUUUGCACUUUUUUGAUAUGAUGUAAAGGGUGAUUUUAAUGGGAAAGGUCUUAGUAACAUGUUCUUUGACAUUUUUGACAUUUCCUUCUUGUCUAAAAUUUUAGAUAUAGUCAGUUAACAACUCCAGUAAACAUUAUCAGAUGACGAACACAUUGAUAUGAACACAUUAUCAUACCGUAUAUGAUUCUCAGGCGUUUUCGUUCAUAAAAUAUUGCAGUCUUGGUAAGCACUGCAGUACAUGAGAAACAACUGCACAUAUGCAAAGCAGGAAUUCUCAGUAACAAACAUUCGGUGUGGUGGUUCAUUGUGCAUUUCGUCUGAAUAGCUGUGUUUACUCUAAAAUGUGUCGGUAAGAUGAAAAUGGCGGUAAAGAAUUAUAUAGAGGAUAACGUCAGAACUAUGUUGGGGCGAAACUAUUAAAUAAUACUGCUUUUCUUCACUAAGAGCCAUCAGCUUGUACUUCAAGUAAGUUUGUAAAUUCAUUCACGCAGUGUUUCCUAUUGUAAAGUUUUGUAAUUUAACAAAUGCUUUUGUUAAAACUGUAUUUUACCAUAUUGAUUUUGUUAUAAAUACAGCUAUAUUGAGAUUUUAUCAGAAGAUACAGUAAAGAACUAACUAUCCUGGUAGAUAGCUUUAAAAUUUAACCUUGAGAUGAGUGUCCUGUCCGGCUGUCUGCAUGCACAUUGUCUUUGAAGAGGCAACUAAUUCCACAUGUAGAAUUAUAGAAAUGCAUUAAAUAAGUAAAAAAUGAA